AGAGGAAAGACCCUCGCUCUCUCUCUCUCUCUCCCUCUUUUCAAACGGAGUGAAGCGACCACAUCACAUCUUUGAUUUAUGUCAUAUGGCAGCCAGCGACAGUCAUCACCGCUCCACCUGAGCUCUGCUCAACUUACUUUGAAGGCGGACUUUUUUUUUUUCCUCUUUGCUGCUGAAGUUUUCUCACAGCCAGAUCUCUGUCAGGAUCUCAAGAAGCGGGCUGCAUUCCAAUUCAUUAAAGCUCACACUGUAGACGGAGUGUCUUUCUGUGCUGGCUCGCUCCCUGGACCUCGCCAUCCACCCUGCCUAAGUUUGAGAGGAUAACCAUCACCAUCCUCACAGUCUCCAGGAUGAGGCAUGUAUCUCCGCGCUGGCUUAGGGACGUGUCCCUGCUCCUGCUGCUCCAGACGGCCACUUCCAUGGUGAUGCUUCCUAACUCCAGCUGGGAGCAGAUUCUGGACAAGUAUCUGGACGAGGAGGGGGACUGGUGGGAGGCCAAGCAGAGGGGGAAGAGGGCCAUUACCGACGGUGACGCUCAGCUCAUCCUGGACCUUCACAACAAGCUCAGAGGCCAGGUUUACCCUCCUUCUUCCAACAUGGAGCACAUGGUGUGGGACACAGAGUUGGAGCGUACAGCAGAGGAGUGGGCAGAAACCUGUCUGUGGGAGCACGGCCCUGCCAGUUUACUGCCACAGAUCGGACAGAACCUGGGAGCACACUGGGGAAGGUUUCGCCCACCCACGUUCCAUGUGCAGGCCUGGUAUGAUGAGGUGAAAGACUACUCCUUCCCUUACCCUCAGGAGUGUGACCCCUAUUGCCCCUUCAGAUGCUCCGGCCCAGUUUGUACUCAUUACACACAGCUGGUAUGGGCCACCAGCAGUCGAAUUGGGUGUGCCAUCAACAUAUGUUACAACAUGAAUGUGUGGGGACAGAUUUGGACCAAAGCCCUCUAUCUUGUCUGCAACUAUUCACCAAAGGGAAACUGGUGGGGACAUUCGCCUUACAAACAUGGGACCUCAUGCUCUGCCUGUCCUCCCAGCUAUGGAGGAGGCUGCAAGGACAACCUCUGCUUCAAAGAUGACAGCUCUAACCCUCCACAAGAGGAAACAGAAGAAAACAAUUUCAUUGAGCCGGAGGCCCCCCAUACUCCACAGAAGCCCCGGUCUAGGGCCUCCAAGCCCGAGCCUCCCAGUUUCCCCGCUCCAGCCCCCACCAAGCCCCCCACAGAGGACCUGCAGAAGAAUGAAGCGGUCGACACACAGCAGAUGUCUCAGUUUGUGAUCUGUGACACUAAGCUCCGAGAUCAGUGUAAAGGAACACCAUGUAAUAGAUAUGAGUGUCCAGCUGGGUGCCUAGAUGCUACAGGAAAAGUAGUUGGGACAGUAUACUAUGAAAUGCAAUCCAGUGUGUGCAGAGCUGGUCUACAUGCCGGUGUCAUAGAUAAUGACGGAGGAUGGAUGGAUGUGACACGACAAGGCAGAAAAGACUUUUUCAUCAAAUCCAACAAGAACGGAGUGCAGUCUCUUGGAAAAUAUCUGAGUGCUAAUUCCUUCACAGUUUCCAGAGUAGCAGUCAAAGCCAUCACAUGUGAAACCACAGUUGCACAGAUGUGUUCAUACCAAAAGCCUGCAAAACAUUGUCCAAGGUUAUACUGCCCGAGAAACUGUUUAGAAGAAAAUCCUCACAUAUCCCGAGUAAUCGGCACCAAAAUAUACUCCGAUAAGUCCAGUAUAUGCCGAGCAGCGAUCCACACUGGAGUAAUCCGGAAUGAUGCGGGUGGCUAUGUCGAUGUAAUGCCAGUGGACAAGCGGAAACACUACAUUGCCUCAUACCAAAAUGGCAUUUCCUCAGAGAGCCUUCAAAACCCUCCUGGAGGAAAGGCGUUCCGGGUGUUCGCUGUGAUUUGAGUGCCCCAGAGGGCGGCUUCACCAAACAGAAAGCACACUUGGGCUGUUGAAUAGGCAGUAAUCAAGCCCUGUUGUCAAACUCAAAUGACUGAAAUGUUUCUGGCUUUGCUACACUCCAGGGGUUAGAGGUCGUCUCCAUGACGGCGUAAACCGAGCAACAAAAAACUUGACACAUACACAAUGAGAUACUGGCAGUAUUCACUCGCACUGAGUGUACAAUUUGUCAUCUUUAGCAGGAAAUUUAUAUCUGAAAACUUUGUAAAUAUCUCUGAAAAUGUUGUAGAUAUUUGUAAAUAGUAUCACACGUGUGUCUUUGUGCCAUCACCUUGCCCUCUUAACAAAUAGCUGUGUAUGAUUCAGUAUAAAACUGAUUCUAGCAAUCCUAUGAUAUAACAUUAUAAUGGCACUUAAGGAUGAAUCAUUUUUAUUGUAUCAAGUCUGGCACAUUUUUACCUGUGCUCUGGAGAGGUCUCUUGUCAUGUUUUGUACGUUUUUUAAUGAUUGGGGAACAAAUUGUGCAUUUAUUUUUAUAUGAUUAUGCUCUAUAUCAAUAUGAUUUAUAAAGGAUGCUGCUAUACGUUUAAAAAAAAUGUUUUAUUGCUGUUGCAAUUGCCAGUGUGAUGGGUUUUGUUUGUUUCCAGAUGAUGUGGUUUAGUUAAAACUCCCUGCAGGUCGGGAAGUAUACUCAUCCCUCAGAGUUGUCAUUCUCGAAACAAAACCUAUACAGCAUGUGUCAGACUUUAUCAUGCAUUGCAUUUUACUGGAUGUUGUUACCCCAUAUAUGUUUUCCGUUUUGACAUAGAUAAACAGAAGCAAUACCAUGCAACAAUUAUAUUUCAUACAGUGUACAAUGUAGAAGAAUCAACAGAUAUAUUUGCUCAUAUUUCUGACCAGCUCUCAGCUUUUCUUACAAGCUGCAAUCGAUAUAAUGGUCAAUUCAUUGUAUUUUUGUCACCGUUUCUUUCUGCAUCAUACAUAUUUUCCUACCUCAGGUUUUUAGGGAAAGUCCAUUUUGCAAUAAAAUACUCCAACCAACACCAUUCUCUCUCAGACAUUGGCUUCUGAUAUUUAAAUCACUCAAAGUCAACGUGAAAUGCGUUUGCAAACAUAUUUACAUUUGGACUAUAUACACCUAAAAAUGGCAGAAAUCUGAUUAUAUUAUAAUUGGCCUUUGUUGUCAUUAUCAAUACCUUUA